UAUCGACUCACCACCCAAAAUGGCUGCUGUUACACUAGCAACGUGUCUGUUGGGAUUGAUGCUUAUCUUGCUCGUCUGUGUAGGUCUUCUGUUCGCAGUAUUUGUCUUCUACGUGUAUUACCAGCAUUGCAAGUACGCGCACAUUCCCACUGCACCUAGGAAAGGACUGAAAGGGUUUCUUUUCGGCCAUGCUUCACUGAUGAUAGAAUACCAGCGGAAGAGUUUGUCCUUCUCCGAUGCCGUCGUUGACAUGAUGCGCCAAUGUGGACCUGUGUUUACUGUCUUUUUCUUCUUCACUCCAGUCAUUUUUGUGCUCGACCCCGAUUUCGUCAAGGAACUCCUGUGUACGGACACGCACCCAAAGCCGUACGCGGCCUAUAAGAUUUUCAUGAAGAUCCUUGGAAAUCGUUUUCUUGGAAAUGGCCUCGUCUCUGACGUCAACCCUGCGACGCAUGCGCAAAAACGAGCUCUUUUCAGCCCCGCCUUUCACAGGAGGUAUCUUCAGGGCCUGAUGGGACAGUUCAAUACAGGUGCAGAUUUGCUGAUUGAGAAAUUGAGCCCCAAGGCUGAUGGGAAGACCGAGGUUGUAAUGCUAGAUGAAUUAAAUGGAACCACGCUUGACAUCAUUGCGAAGGUUGCAUUUGGGAUGGAUCUCAAUGUCACUCUGGACGACAACUCUCCAUUCAAGAAGGCAGUGUCCAAAUGCUUUCAAGGGGCUGAUGUGGAGAGAACGUUCCCGUUGACAAGGUUUAGUCCAUUUCCAGCCUCUCGUAAAAUUCGAAAAGAGGUCCGAGACAGCCUACACUUCCUCCGCGAGACAGGCCGUCAGUGCAUUGAGGAGAGGCUACGAGCCAUUGAGAAACAAGAAGAUGUGCCGAAUGACAUCCUGACUCACAUCUUGAAAGAGGUCGAUUGUUUCAAAGGAGAACAGGCGAUUGAUGAGGAAGGACUGAUUGACGAGUUUGUUACGUUUUUCAUUGCUGGUCAAGAGACAACUGCCAAUCUUCUGAGUUUCACAUUGGUGGAGCUGGGACACCACCCAGAAGUCAUGCAUAGACUGAAAACAGAGAUUGAUGCAGUUUAUGGAGACAAGGAAUUUCUUGAGUACGCUGACAUAGGUAAAUUCACCUAUAUGAUACAGGUUUUCAAAGAAUCGCUUCGUCUGUGGCCUCCAGUGGCUGGAACGAGUAGACAAUUGGCUUGUGACGUCACGGUCAAAGGUUAUAAGCUUCCUAAGGGAUCACUGGUGUUUCCGAAUACUUACGCGAUGGCAAGGAUGGAGGAGUUUUUCCAUGAUCCGUUACAGUUUGAUCCCGACCGCUUCAAAGCCAGUGAUGACAAACCACAGUAUGCGUACUUUCCGUUCUCACUCGGUAGUCGUAACUGCAUUGGUCAGCAGUUUGCUUUGAUCGAGGCCCGUGUUCUGCUCGCCAAAUUGCUGCACAAGUUCAACUUUAAACUUGUUCCGGGCCAAGGAUACGGAAUACUGGACGAGAUCACUCUGAAACCCAAAGGAAGAUGCAGAAACUACUUAACGCUUAGGGAAUAGAGAAUUUCGCUCUAGACAACUCGACUAAUGAGUUUGACCAUAUUUUAUCACGUGUAAAUUAGGCCUUUUCAGACGUAAGAUUUUCAAAUGAAAUAUGUCAAAAGAACUUUUUGAUGACGAUUUGCUGCGUGUACAGUUGUCCUUUUAUUUAUUAUUUUUUAUUUGACUCUUGAUUUCAUCGGUUCGGAAUGUUUUAAAUGUAACACUCUUAAUGGAUUUUUAUGUGGGUACUGUAAGUCAGGAUCUAAUAGUGGCUGUCUUCAGUGGUGACGGCCUGCAUUAAGCACUUUGUUUUCAUCAAAACGCCACUGCGCAAGUCCCCCAACGACAAUAAAUGAGUCAGUCACACGUCACGUCGUGGGAUAGGGAGCUAGACACAUGUCAAGAAAUAAUAACGGGGAGCUGUUUGUCAAAAAUUGCAUGUUUUGUGUCAGUAGGGGCCUACACAUAUGGCAGCAUUAUUUCCUGCCCGAUAUCCAAUAUUAUCACCGAGAUAAUGUUGUAUAGCCACUGUACUUUUUUUCAUUUUCCAAUUUUUUGGGUGGGGGUAUGAGCCAGUAGCCCAUCCUCGCGGACUGAUACCCUUCGCGAUGUGCGGUAAAGGGGGACCCCCCAUGUGAUGCACAAGCUUUAUCCUAAGGCCUACUGCACCCCCCUCGGAAACCUGAAAGAAUUCCAAAGAUUGCACCAACACAGAAGAAGACACAAUGAAGGAGGCGUCCCCUUUGCCGCGUAUCGUGCAUCGUAUGCCGGGACUGGCUGCCAAUGUAGUUCCGUUGAGCAUUCUCUUUUGGUAAACGGAAUGCUUUCAAGGUGUCGUUGCCACGGUUAGGUUCAGUUCCCACAUCUUCCCCAACCAGACUACAUGAUAGUCUUUUUUUUGAGAGCUGGUUCAAAAAUUGUCAAAACAGAAAAGUCUAGUCAGGCGCUCUCCUACCAAUCAAGAUACCGAACCUGAGAGCGAGGUGUUAUAAAUACCACCCCACCCCUUUGAUUUACGUGCAGGGUUUUCGGAAUCUGGUUUUCAAAAAAUACGCUUAAUUGACGCAGCCUCAGUGCAUAGUAAUUUGGCUGGAUUCUUUCCUUGUUUCCUUACAUUCCAGUGUUCGCAGUGACUGAGAAAAGAUCUCUGUCAAAUGAGCUGUCAGACAGAUUACCAAAAUGCCAUGAUUUGAGUUUGGUUCUGCCUUGAAAAUCAGAACAAUCAGAGCAAUGUGUGACUUAAAUGUAUAGAACAGUUAUAGUGAAUCAGAAAUAGUAUUACAAAAGUUAAAUUUUAUUUAGAAAUGGAAAUAUUUGUUUAAUUUCCAGAAACAACUCACAGUUUGUAAUAAGUUGCUACCGUUAAAGGGUUAGGUAUUUGAAGAAAUCUGAUAUUGGUCAGUGGCAUACUUAAAUUCAGCUUCUAAUAGGCAAUCAUAAGAGGUCUUUUGAAUUGCCCAAUGUUAAUAAAUCUUCCGGUGAAAUAGCAAA